AGCUCUUCCUUUCCUUUCCAGUCCACUCCAUUCCCUUCUUCAACAUCUCCAACUCCAUUAUCGUCCAAUCUAGUCGAGUUCAACUCGAAAUCCAUCAAUUUUGCUUCGAAAAAGCGUUUUUUGAUCGGAUUUUCGUGUUUUAUGGAAGGAGAAAUGGAGUUUCCGGAGGACUUCCGGUGCCCAAUCUCGCUGGAGGUGAUGACUGACCCGGUAAUCCUCUCCUCCGGCCAUACCUUCGACCGCUCCUCCAUACAGCGUUGGCUAGACUCCGGUAACCUUACUUGCCCGGUCACCAACCUCCCCCUCCCUCCCUCCCCGUCCCUCAUCCCCAACCACGCCCUCCGCCGCCUCAUCUCCUCCUUCCUCGCUCGCCGACCUCCUCCCUCCGCUGACGCCGACUCCGACGAUUACUAUCACCAUGAAAGUUGCCGCCUUUUUACCCGCCUCUCCUUCCCCUCCGACUUUGCCUCACUCUCCGGCGUCCUCCGCCUGGCCCAGCGCGGUGGCGCCGCCGCCCGAAGCCUUAUCCUCGACUCCGGCGUCGUCGCCUCCGUCCUACUUCCUCAUGUCGCCGCCUCCGACCGCCCCGACCUCCAGGACCUCGCCCUCCGCGUGCUCCUCCACCUUUCCCUCGAGGGCGACGACGCUCGUCUCGGCCUCGUCGCCGAGGGCGCCAUCGACCCAAUAGUCGCCUCCCUCGUCUCCUCCUCCUCCUCCGCCUCCCUCGCCGCUACCCUCCUCACUAGCCUCGCCGUCGUCGAGGUCAACAAGGCCACCAUCGGCGCCCACCCCCUCGCGAUCCCCCGCCUCGCCGCGCUCCUCCUCGACGGAGGCGCGCGGGAGCGCCGCGAGUCCGCCACGGCCCUGUACGAGCUCUGCAAGUUCGCGGACAACCGUCGAAGGACCUCCAUCGCCGGCACCGUGCCGCAGCUCCUGCGCCUCGCCAGAGAGGGCUCCGAGAGGGCGGUCCGCGUGCUGGUUCUCCUCUCCAGGUGCCGCGAAGGCAAGGACGAGAUGAUCAACGCCGCCGGGUUCGCCGCCGCCAUGACCGAGGCGAUAAGAACCGGCACCCUGUUCACCAUCGAGCACGCCCUCUCGCUGCUUAACUUGGUCUCCUCAGAAAGUAAAGCCGUGGCUCUGGAAGCCAUUAAAGAAGGCAUUUUGGACCUUUGCUCUGCUUUCUCCGGCGACCUCAACCAGAAGACGAGGAAGAACGCCAAGCAGCUGAUCUUCACACUGCAAAAUGCGCGGUUUCAAGCCUUCUUCCCAUGACUUCAAUUCCUCACGCCUCAUACGAGAAGCAAGCAUAGGUUGGACAAUCGAUGGAGCAAGACGAAGGAAACUUGUUAUGUGCUGUGUGGCCGAUCAAACAGGGACGCGAACUUGGUUAGUUACUAGAAAGCUGAAUCUGAAACAAAUAAUUCAGCCAUUUCCGAUAUCACUGAAGUACUCUUUUGAUACUAGACAGAAAUGAAGAUUGGAUCACUUAUCACUGUAGAUAGAAUCGUUCUGUUUCAGUCGAUGUCGGUAUUGGAUGAAUUGCAAAGCUGCAAGUA